AUGGAAUCGCAGCCCUCACGUUCACGUCCCAAAAAGACCGACAUCUGUGACGAGACGCGCCCAGAGUGUGUCGCGUGUGUUCAAAGAGGGAUACAGUGCAGCGGUUACCAACGCCCUGUCACCUUCAAGGAUGUCACCUCCCGAGCGGCAGAGUCAUCAAAGCGGUUUGAGGAGGCAAGGUGGAAAGCCCUUCGUCUCGAAGAUGAUCGACGAAAGCGACGUCGUAUAGAACCACUCGAGGAACCUUUAUCCGCGUCCCAGAGUCCAUCCGGCAAUGUGACGGCAUUGCCACAAAGCACUCCUCCCUCAAUGGAGACCUUACCAGCACCGCUGCCCCCGUGGAGCCACACCAAUACCGAUGGCUGGCUCGGCGGCUCGUUCACGUUGCCGUGGUCGCUGUUCGAGACGUCCAGCGGCUUGGUCUCUAAUGCACUACUCCAGGAGGACCAAUCUCACGAGAGGGCAGUGACCUCAGAAGAGGAUUCACCGAGCGAAGACAACAUGACCACAGCACCUGCUAAACCACUCAACAGCCUGGUUGCUGUUUCAAGGGGAGAGCAACCCGAUCCACUGCUACCUACAGAAGCCCCGAGUCCGGCGUUGGCGCUCAUGUCUUGGGACGAGUUCAUUGUUCCCGACGGUUCAUCGCCUGGGUCAACAAGGUCAACCACAUCCCCGUCGUCUCCUCUGGGGGACCCAACAACUGACUCCCGUCUUUCUCUGCCACUGGAGGAGGUGCUUAUCCAGCAUUUUGACCGGAACGUCGUUCCUUCUAUACCGGUGACUCUUGCUUUUCCGAACCUAUUCCGCCAAAGCAACUGCUUUCGAUUCGCCGUCCUUGCACUCGCCGCGAGCAACAUGAAGCUGUUGCAACCUCUUCCACUCAACGCAAAGCGUCUUCGGGAGGCUUUCGAUGACAAGAGUGUCUGGCUAUACUACGACACGGCGGUCAAAGGGCUCCAAGCUCAGUUGCACAAUAUCGAUAACCAUCACGGGGAGGAGCUGGCUGGCGCGGCUUUGCUCCUGGCUUAUCAUGAGCUCGAGGCUGGGACGGCCCUGGGCAUCCGAAAUCAUGCCACCGGCCUUGAUGCUAUUGCUUCCAAGUUAGACUUCGCCGCUUCCUCGGUGCCCGACCUCUUCAAAGCCUGGCGCAUGCUCCGGUACGACGUGCGGUUUAUGAUGACACCGACGAGGAGGACUUGCAACGCCGCAGACGUCUUUGACGUCGCAAGCCUACUCGACCCCCAACUUGCCAUCCGGGACAUUCUAUCAAGACUUUUCAGUCUGCACGCGCGGUUCGCGAUGGAGGCGUCCUUCACCCAAGACAACACCGUUGAGGGUGGCAGCGCUUCCGAAAAGGCCGCAAUAUGGCUAAUGUCUGUCCUCGGCAGAGCAUGCGACCACCGCAAUUUCCGCCUGCGCGACUUCCACAAGGAUGAUCUGACGCCAGACUUCAUCCUUAGGCAGUGUGACAUCUUCGCCCACCGUCUGGACAACUGGUACAAGGCUUUAUGCGACCACGACAUGCCAACUGUCAGGCUGGGCAGCGAUUCGGACAUAGUCAGCGGUCCCACAUUCGAAACCUUUGUCACCUACAAGUUCGCGGACGAGCGCAAAGCCCAGGAGUACGUCAUCUAUCUCGUGUGUCGAAUGACAUGCAGCUACCUUCGCUCGGUUUUCAACCCUUCUGUGAAAUCGUCGGCGACAGACGCCUUGGGCAAGGUGAUUCUGGGCAUCGUUUGUGGUAUGAACAUGCAGCAGAGACAGCAGUUCACAGUUCUUCGACUUGACCUGCUCCUGAAAAUGGCGGCGAGCUUGUCUGAAGGGACCAACUUCAUAACCACGAUUCUCGACAGCAUCCUUCCGAGGGUUAUGUCGUUCGGUUUCACUGGGCCUGACAUGAUCGCUUGGACUUACCUCCGGUCGUCCCUGGAAUUUGAGUUGAGAGAGAGGAGGAAGGGACGGGCUAUCAGAAUGACAAUUGACGGGUGGGAGGAGGACUGCGAGAUGUGGGAGCUGGUAAACAGCCACGCCGUCGCCGCCUUCGGAGACUACAACGGGAAGGGAUAUUUCAGGGAUUGUUACGUCAUCAAGGGUUUGGGGUGA